UAGAAAUGUAUUGUUCGUUUUGACGAAAAAUCCGGGAGGCAGAGUGAUAAUUUAAUCGAUCCUGGAUAUUGUACAAAUCAUGUUUCUUAAUAUCGAAAUAAUUGGCAGCAAAUCAUGAAUGUAGAACUUAUGUCCUGUAUUAAAAUAAGCAGCUCCUAUUCGGCUAAUACUAAUAUAUAAGUAGUCCAAAUGUAUUUCUGCCCUUAGGUUUUUAACCUGUACUGGUCUUGUUUGCAUGAAAUACAGCUAUAGGUACACUGGGCAUAAUGUGAUUUAAAGGAAAAAAACGCGAGGCAAGCGUGACGACUUCUUAGCCCGAGGUUGAUCUCGACACAAAUAGAGAAUUGAACCAAUGCCCCCCCCACCCCGUCCCACCACCAUAAGCGGCUGGCCGGCUUUAAUGAACAAUGAAUUAAGGCCUCCGAUUACUGCGCGACUAGACAACAAAGGAGAGAAGCGAAUUUAAGGCAGCGAGCCCUCGAGGCCCCGCCCCAGCGCCGCCACUGACCAAUGGACCGCCGGUAUGCAAAUAGGGCGCAGCGCCGCACCGUCCCGUCCCAGCCCCUGACGUCACCCGCGCAUAUCCCUCGGCAGCUCUGUCUGGCUGCGGCGAGUCAGACGGGCGAACAGAAAAGCGCUGAGUGAGCCGGGGAGGGGCGCUGCCACCGCCGGCAUCCCACCAAUUUAAAGUCCUCGACCAGCGAUCCGCACGUCCGCAGAAAUUUGGGAGCGGGCUUCCGAGACCGUCCGCCUUAUUUAUUAUUUAUUUUUUUGCUGGGGUGGGGGAAGCUGGAUUGCACUGACUGCUGAGUGCCAGCAGAGAGGCACUGAUUUGUACGACCGGUUUGAAUACGGUCCCCCCCCACCCACCCCGGGCUGCCUUACCAGUCCUACCCUCCUUCUUUAGUUUUUUUUCCUUCUCCAACCCCUCUUUGUCUGAGACUGCAGAAAUAUCUCAAGAUGCCAAGCUCGCUUUUCGCCGACAUGGAGCGGAGUGGUGGCAACAGCGGGGACGCCCUGGAUGACCAAAGAGCCCUGCAGAUAGCACUGGAUCAGCUCUCCCUGCUCGGCUUGGACAGCGAUGACAGCUCCCUGUAUGACAGCGAGCCGAGGAAGAAGAGCGUCAACAUGACCGAGUGCGUCCCGGUGCCCAGUUCGGAGCACGUAGCCGAGAUCGUGGGCAGGCAAGGUUGUAAAAUCAAAGCACUGAGAGCAAAGACCAACACCUAUAUCAAGACUCCAGUCCGUGGGGAGGAACCAGUCUUUGUUGUGACAGGCAGGAGAGAAGACGUAGCGAUGGCCAGAAGGGAGAUCAUCUCUGCUGCAGAGCACUUCUCCUCUGCUGCAGAGCACUUCUCCAUGAUCCGGGCCUCCCGGAACAAGAACAGCAGCAUGAACGGGGGCGGCACGGUUCCAGGACCGCCCAACCUGCCGGGCCAGACCACCAUCCAGGUGCGGGUUCCCUACCGGGUGGUGGGGCUGGUGGUGGGACCCAAGGGGGCCACCAUCAAGCGCAUCCAGCAGCAUACACACACCUACAUCGUGACCCCGAGCCGCGACAAGGAGCCGGUCUUCGAGGUGACGGGCAUGCCUGAGAACGUGGACCGGGCGCGGGAGGAGAUCGAGGCCCACAUCGCCGUGCGCACCGGCGGCCUGGUCGAGCUCGCUGAAGACAACGACUUCCACGCCAACGGCACCGAUGUGGGCUUCGAGCUGCACGGUCACGCCAGCCUCUGGAGUAAGGCCACCCCCGGCGUGACCCCCACCUCCGGCCGCAAACCCUUCUCCAACUACCGCAACGACAGCUCCAGCUCGCUGGGGAGUGCCUCUACGGACUCUUACUUUGGGAACGGUGGCGGUGGCUCCAGGUUGGCCGACUACAGCCCCCCGAGCCCAGCGCUGAGCUACAGCGCCUCCAACAACGGCAACAACAAUAACAACAACAACAACAACAACAACAACAAUGCCAACAUCACCACCAAUGGAUUUGUCUAUGGGAGUGAUGUCAUUUCCCCUGAUUGCAAUGAGCUGUCUUACGAGUCGCCUUCGGCCUUCGACCCCACGCCUACACCGCCAGGCCUGAUCUGGUCCGGGUUUGACCGCAGUGUGGCCCCCGGAGGAGGCUCUGCCCCCGCUGUCUUCGCCAGCGGCACUUCUGCCAACGCCAAUGGAAUACCAGGGAGCCAACGAAGGGGCAAUGGUGGGACGGCCCAACCCCGGCUAUCCCCGCCUCUGCAUCAUGUUGGUGGGGGGGCGGACCAUCCCCUGGCUCGUCGCGUGCGCAGCGACCCUGGGGGAGGAGCCCUGAGCUUCCCCGCCUACUCCAGCUCCGGCCUCUCCAACGGGCUGGCCUGCCUCGCCGGCGGCCACCUGCCGGGGCUGCCCUCGGACUCCUCCUCCUCCUCCUCCUCCUCCAGCUCCUCGUCGGGCACCAGCCGCAAGGGCAGCCGGGACUGCUCCGUGUGCUUCGAGAGUGAGGUCAUCGCCGCCCUCGUGCCCUGCGGCCACAACCUCUUCUGCAUGGAAUGCGCCAACCGCAUCUGCGAGAGGAACGAGGCCAAGUGUCCAGUCUGCCACUCCGCGGUCACUCAGGCCAUCCGCAUCUUCUCCUAAGACGCGUCGCCGCGGCGACAGCAGGUGCCCUCAUCCUGCGCCGUGGAGACGCGUGACGUAUGUAUAGGUGUAUGUGUGAGUGUGUACGUGUAUUGCACACGUGCAUACAGGCCCGGGGUGUCCCCAGAGCUGCAGCGUCGCAGGAAAGGGACAGCUUCCGGCUCGGCCGUGUGCAUGUCCCGUAACUUAAGAAAUACUAGCAAAUGGAGGCCCUAGUUUGUCAGAUCGAGCAGAGUCUGCAAGUACCUUUAAGAGGUCUUGCUGCCACUCAAGGUACGCGUCGUGGGGGGGGGGGGGAGUUCUGUGAAGACGCAGUGAUCCUGCAGCUUAAAGAAAGCAGGGAAAAUACAUGUAUCACACGGGAUGUGCACACGCUAAAACAUACAAGAAAAUAAUUCCAUAUUAAUUACAUUAAUAAAGAUCAAAGUAUUUUAUUCCUUUUUUUUUGACUUGAAAAGAUUAUAUUUCGUAUCGCAAAGAUGUUUACAGAUAUUUUAAUUUAAGUUCAGUGAACUUUUUUUGUAGCGGAGUUCAUUUUAGUACAGCCUCAUGGUGACUAACACUGUAUCAUUUUAAUAUUACGCCGCUGUGAGCGGGGACUCACACACUGCAGUGUGUGUGCGUGUCACAUCGAGACAGUAUUCUGCUGGGUCGGAGGUUUUACGUGUUCAGCAAAAAAAAAUGUCUAUUAACCCUCUGUGCCCAGCAUAUUUUCUAUUCAGUAAUAAAAAGCCUAUUUUAUUCUAUAGUAUUACAAAACACAUAAUGUAUAAAACAUUAAGUCGGAUGGAAAAGGACCGUUUAUGCUUUCUAAACAUUUGUAUGAAUUAGAUUCCAGUGGAAGUUCCAGGAUUCUGUUCCACCGCUAUAAUUUUAGUACUUCUAUUUUAAUACAUUUCUUUAUUACUUGUUUAUGUAUAUGUAGGUGAAGUUACUUGAGCAUAAAUGUACUUUAUUGAGCAAAGUUUAAAAAAACAAAGUAUAUUUUAUUUUAUGAUAAAGGGCCUUUAAACCUCAUGGUCGAAUCCUAAUAUUAUAUUUGCUGAAACAAGAUUUGAAAAUGUAUCAAGAGUUUUAUUUUUCUGACAUUUAAAGUUCUACAUGAUAAAAGGUAAAACUUAAGGUGCUACUUUGUGUUUUUUAAGUAUUUCUAUAUAAAUAAAAUAAAAAUGGUACAUGAAAUAA